GUGGAACUCCUUGCUAGGCUGGGCUGAAACCUGAAGCCUUAAGAGAAGUGAGAGAGGGAAACGGAGGGAGAAGGAAAGGAAGAGAGAAAGAGAGAGAGAAAUGGAGGGAGGGAGAGGAAUGAGGGGCCGAGAGAAGGUGAUGUCAGCUGAGUUCAGAAAGUAAACAGAGUUCCAGACUGCAGCAUGCUUUCUGAGGGACGGAGACUGCAGCUGGGGAAAACCCAUGGGGUUAUCCGAACAAUCCCCUGGUUCACCACCUUUAUCUCUGGGAAGGGGCACUGGCUCCUCUUCAUCUGGGUCUUCAUUUUCAUCUCCUUGCCCCAAGGGACAGCCUGGCCCUACGAUUACAGGCACUUGUACAACCACUGUCCCGGUUCAGAGUGGAAUGUUAUGUGCAGAGGAUGCUGCGAGUACGACGUGAUCCGCUGUAAGUGCCCCCUCCAAGGGGCUCCAGUGGGCUAUGCAGUGCCCUGCUGUAGGAAUGCCAUCAAUGAGUGUGACCCCUGCAUAAUCCACCCAGGUUGCAGCAUAUUUGAAAACUGUAAGCGUUGCAACAAUGGGACAUGGGGCCCAAGGGAUGAUUUCUUCAUUAGUGGCCAAUACUGCACAGAGUGUCGACCUGGCUGGUCUGGUGGAGACUGCCUGAAGUGUGGGGGGGUGAUCCAUAAACGGCAGGGCCACUUGGUGCUGGAGAGCUACCCCAACAAUGCUAGGUGUGAGUGGACCAUACAGGUGGACCGGCCAUUUACUAUUGAACUCAGGUUUAUGAUGCUGAGUCUGGAGUUUCAUCAUUCCUGUCGUUACGACUAUUUGGAAGUCCGAGAUGGCGACAGCAUCAACUCGCGUGUUAUCGGUAGAUACUGUGGGAAUAACAGACCUGCUCCAGUUCACAGCUCCGGCAACAGUUUGCAUGUUCUCUUUGUGUCUGAUGGUUACAAGAAUUUUGAUGGAUUCUUUGCCACUUUCCAAGAGAACUCAGCUUGCAGCUCUUCCCCUUGUCUGCAUGAUGGGACUUGUAUCCUAGACAGUUCUUACUCUUACCACUGUGCCUGUCUGGCUGGCUACACAGGCAAGAGGUGUGAAAAUGUGGUGGGUUGCCGCAGGCCUCCGGUGCCCACCCAUGGCUCUACAGAGGGUCUGUUUCAUCAUUCUGGUGCCCGCAUCACUUUCCGUUGUGACCCUGGGUUUGAGCUGAAGGGGUUUCGUACGGCCAUCUGCUUGAGUGACGGAACAUGGAGUGUGCCUGCUCCAGAUUGUGUUCCAGUGGAAAGAGUUUGUUCUCUGCCACCCAGGCCUGCCAAUGGGGACCACUUCUUGGUUUAUGGACCCAAUGAUGUUCUCAUUGCUCUACAGUACUUGUGCCACAAGCCCUAUGAACUCAGUGGAGGUUCUCAGAGAACCUGCCUCCCUAAUAACACCUGGAGCGGGACUCCUCCUGUUUGCAUUAAAGUGAAUAACACUCUCACUGAAGCAGAAAAGGACAAAGUAAAAGAGAUAGAAAAGGUCACAGAACUAGAUAUAUACAGCAACAAAGAUAUCAGUAAAACUAAAGAGAAAGAAGAAGAGAGCACACCUCAAGAAAAAGAAAGUGUUCCCGGAAAAGAUAUAAACACCGGACAGGAGAACACAACAGUGGUCGACAGGGAAGAUAAAUAUACCGGGACCAUUCCAGAGAAAACUGUGUCUGAGGGUGGGAAUGAAGGAGAGCUAGAUGAGAGAAAUGCUGGCCCAGAGAAGCCUUCUGGAGGUGGUGAUGAUAAAGCGACUAGCAACGGCCAAGAUAACAGCCUGUACACAUUUGAAAAGACAGACCCAAAACAACCUGAGAAAAAAGAAGACAGUUCAGACACAAACUUUGACAAAGGACAGACAGAUGUCACAGAAAUAAUCGUGAUAAAAGACAAAGGACAGGAAGAGAGUGAAAGAAAAGAGAAACAGGUGAAUGGGAAAAGAGAUCCGGACAAAGUGGGCCCUAAUGACACCAAGCUGAGGACGGUCAUAUCUGAGGGUGAAAACACAGUAGAGAUAUUUGAACUGGAAAUGACAAAGAACAACACUGUUACACAUGAUACCAAGAGCACCGAUAAAGAAAAUAAUACCAUAGGGUCUCUACUGCCAGGGAAGAAAAUAAUUUCCCCUCAAGUCAACAUUACCUUGUACAGAGUAGAAAGUGGGAAACCAAAGGAAACUAAAAAGGAUGAGAAGGAUUCAACAGAGAAAACAGAGGAGGAGAAAGAGAAAGAAAAGGACAGAGAAAUCAACCAAAGCUUCACUGAAAAAAGCUGCCCACCUCUGCCUCGCCUCUACCAUGGCUACCACCAGGUGGUGCCAGGCUUGGAGCCUGAAACAGUGGAGUUCCUGUGUAACCACUCUUAUGCUCUCAGUGGUGAUGCCCGACGUACAUGCCAGCCAGAUGGCACAUGGAGUGGCAAACAGCCCGUCUGUAUGAGAGCAUGUCGAGAACCCAGAGUGUCAGAGCUGGUGAAACAAAAAGUUCUGCCCCCUCAGGUGCCAUCCAGAAAGACACCUGUGCACAAGCUCUACUCCUCUGACCUGGGUCAGGAGUCCCAGUCACACAGCCCCACUAAAGCCCCCCUAGUGCUUUCCCAGUUGCCCCAGGGAUUCCACCAUCUUUACACACGUAUAGAAUAUGAGUGUGCAUCUCUGUUCUACCACCACUUCGGCAGUUCCCGUCGGACCUGCUUGAAGACAGGGAAAUGGAGCGGGCGACAUGUCUCCUGUUCACCAGUGUGUGGGAAGCAUCCGACCUUUGACCCAGAGAGGCCAGAAGAGGCUCACUGGCCUUGGCUGGCUGCCAUCUACCGCCCCUCCACCAAGGGUACAGGGACCAAGGUGACAAAGGCAGACAGCCAGGCAGGGUCCCUGAAGGAUGGUGGAGCAGGAACUGGCAAGCACAAUCAGGCUUUUGACUGGCAGCUGGUCUGCAGUGCAGCUCUGGUUAACCAAAGGAGUCUGGUGGUAGCAGCUCACUGUGUGACAGACCUGGGCAAGGUUUUUCCUGUGGAUACAACCACAAUAAAGGUGGUGGUGGGGAAGCACUAUCGUGAUGAUCACAGAGAAAGCAAAGGUCUUCAACACCUGCGGGUGGCCUCUAUUGCUAUUCAUCCAAACUAUGACCCCAAUACUCUUGACUCUGACAUUGCUGUGAUCAAAUUACUGGACAAAGCAAGGAUUGGAGAAAAAGUCCUGCCUCUCUGCCUGUCCGAAAACCAGGAUGAAGAGGUGACCUCUGCUCAAGGGCUUGUGACAGGCUGGUCUCCACUGCCUGAGUCAAGUUUAGGCCCUGAUGAGAAAGCAAGGGUUGGGCUUGUUCACCUUGCUGAUGUAGUCCCAUGUGAGCAGCAGUAUGCUCGUAAUGGGGUGCCAGUCAGUGUUACAGACAAUAUGCUUUGUGCCAGCCAGAAGCCUGACUAUGGACCAUCUAACAUAUGUCCCUCUGACACUGGAGGAAUUCUUGUCCUGCCUGCCCCCUCUGAGAAUCAAGCCAAUGAUAAUCAGAAGCCACCUUUUGGUUCUGCACAGGUGAAAGGUGAGAGCAAAGGGUUGUGGAGACUUCUGGGACUGGUGAGCUUUGGCUAUGACCAAGGGGAGUGUGAUCCUGACCUCUACACAGUCUACACACAUGUAGCCAACUUUAAAGACUGGAUCGAGAGCAAUAUGAAAUAAACAUCUCACAGUCCUCUUCCUUAUUUAGUCUGUAUUGUAGUGCAUUCAUUCUGCCUAAUCUUUUUUUAUGCACAAGGGCAUUUUCCUACUUAAAUACAGAAGCAACACUGGAUAACACAGUGCUCUAACUGAAGGGGGUGCUAACACAUUAGAUGUGCUGAUGCAUCACCCUUUAAUCUGAAGACUUCAGUGUUCAGGUCCCUCAGCCUGAGGUUACACACUUGAAAAUGACAAGAAAACCAUUCAGCUGAGUAUCUGACUGUUAAUGGUUUGGACUGUUCCCAUUGUUAUGUAUAUAUGUUGUAAUAUUCUGAAUUAUUAUAUCAAUUCACAUGACUAUAGAGAUGUACAUACUUUAUUGAAAGAGAAAAAUCAUGAAAUUUUUA